AUGAUGAAAAAAGUUAACAAAAUGAAAUAAAUUCAUCAAAUAAUAUAAGAAAUGUUGAAAAACUAAAUAAAAUUAUCAGAGAUAUUGUUUCACCAAUAAAGACUAAAAUUAUAACAUAAUCAUAAUUCUUUGAUUAAAAUUUAAGAGGUAUCCAUAAUUAAUCUCAAAUUUAAACUAAAAAUUAAGAAUCACAAUCAAACACUAAUUUAAAUUUUGACAUUCAUAAAUAAUCCUUUAUAUUAUCUUCGAUAUAAUAGGACAAAUUAAAUUCACCAAAAAUUAAUAAUAAGAAAAUUGAUGAAAUCUCAUUUGAAAGAUCUUCUAUUAAAAAAGAUAAAUAGAAUAUGA